CGCGUUUCUACAGCACGACGUGAAGAACCAAAUCAGCUCGGCUUCUGGAAGACGAGCACAUCGACAUGUCUAACUUCAAAGAGCCAUCACUUGCCGAAAUUGCUCAGCAGAUCCUCGAGGAUGCGCUGCAACAGAUCAUGCACAACGUGGUGAUCCACCAGCAUCGAGCACACAAGCAGCUAUUAGCUUCACUCGACUCGAAAACCCGACUACCGCACUGCGACACUUGCAAGCUCCCCAAGCUACUCGAUCCGCCACUUGCGCCGAGCGUUCGAGGCGCGACUGCCGAUCCACCCAGCAACACCAACUACUGCGAUCGCAAGCCAUGGGCUCGCCGGCCAGGGCAUGAUAUCUACGGCAACCCCUUCCUCAAGAGCGACAUCACAGGCCGUCCACUUACUAAGAAAGAGCGUGAAGCGCAAAAGAACAGCAAGAAAGACGACGGCACGCCAGCAAGCGAAGACCAGAAUCACGAAGGUACGGGCCCGCCAUCGCCAAGCGGAGACGCUGAGGAGGAUAAGAAACCAGGCAACCAGAAACUAGAGAAGGGCGAGAAGAAGGCGAGUAAGAUCGACGAGAAACUGAAGAAGGGUGAAUAUGUCCCAUGGCACACCUGCCCAAGCUGCAAGCGAAGCUUGCUCAUCACACGUUUUGCGAAGCACUUGGAGCAAUGCAUGGGAAUUUCAGGCCGUGCUGCCAGUAGAAAUGCCAUGGCGAAGAUGAACAAUACGCCUAAUGGGUCUCGUGGUGGCACGCCCAACCCAAGCCAGGACGGAAAUGGCAAGGACGGACCUGCUGAAGACGAGGAAGGAGAUUCUGCUGUUAAAGGGGCAGGUGGCGGGGUGCGUAAGAAGUUACUGAAGAAGGGGCUCAAGGAGAAAGUGAAGAAGGAUAAGACUGCGAAUGGGAAAUUGCCCAAGAGUCUCGCUGCGAAGCGGCCUCCUGGUAUCGGCAAGGACAAGGACAAGGACGCCAGCACCACGAGGAGUUCUCCGGCACCCAGUUCGAUUGGCGGGGACGGGAAGCGAGACCGCGACGAGUUGGGUGACGAUGACGAGGAAGAAGUCCACGUCAAGAAGAGGCAGAAGUUGCAACGUGUGGGUAGCACCACGAGUAUCGUAAGCUCCAUCACGGCACCUGAAAUGGAGCGAGGCGAGAGUCAAGAUGGAAGUUUCGUCGAUGGUUCAGUAGCAGAUGACUAGCAAGGGCAUCCAAGUACACCACAGCGAAGCGUGCGUUGUGGAUUUACGCCGCACGUAUUUCACCACAGACAUUAUUCUUCGAAGGCAAAACAGAACAAUCAAAAACAGAAC